CAACAUAUAUUCAUAAAAACUUUAGAUUUGUGUCGUGAACAAGACAAUCAGUGUUGCAACAUUAUCGAAUAUACUAACAAUGAAUGUAUUUUAUAUAAUUUUAAUAUCAGUGUUGAGUUUCGGAGUUACUUAUUCAGAGGAAAAUAUUGAUUGUAAAGGGAAAGGAUUUAUUUGUUAUAAUCGUGAACAAUUUUAUCAAUGUGUCGAUGAUGGAAACAAAACAUUAACGCAAGGGAUUCCGCAAUUUUGUCCGCCUGGGUUUGUAUGCAACGAUUUAUUAGAAAUUGAAUGCGAGGAUGAGUGGAUUGUAGAAACCACGCUCUCAAAUUUAAUUUCUGAUCAAACAACUGUUGGUACAACCAUAAGUGGAAUGCAAACAGAAAAUACAAUAACGUCAUCAUCAGAUUUUACUGAAAUUAAUGAAUCAACAACUGAAAUAUCGAUUGAAACAAGCACUGUCAGUGAUAUUACUGAAGUGCCAUUGGAAACUACCUCAAAUGCAGGACCAAAUUCCAAUGGAACCACUGAAAUUCCAGUUGAAACUAGUACUGCUUCAGAUAUUACUGAAGCUCCAUUGGAAACUACAUCGUCGAUAGAGGUAACUCAUUCAACUGAUAAUACUCAAAAUCCUAUAGAACCUACAACUACAUCUGAGAGUACUGAAAUUCCAUUAGAAAUUAGCACUGCUCCCAGCAUUACUGAAGUUCCACUGGAAACUACCUCAAAUGCAGGACCAAAUUCAACUGAAACCACUGAAAUUAUAGUUGAAACUAGUACUGCUUCAAAUGUUACUGAAGUUCCAUUGGAAACUACAUCAUCGAUAGAGGUAACUCAUUCAACUGGUAACACUCAAAAUCCUAUAGAACCUACAACUACAUCUGAGAGUACUGAAAUUCCACUAGAAACUAGCACUGCUCCCAGCAUUACUGAAGUUCCACUGGAAACUACCUCAAAUGCAGGACCAAAUUCAACUGAAACCACUGAAAUUAUUGUUGAAACUAGUACUGCUUCAAAUGUUACUGAAGUUCCAUUGGAAACUACAUCAUCGAUAGAGGUAACUCAUUCAACUGGUAACACUCAAAAUCCUAUAGAACCUACAACUACAUCUGAGAGUACUGAAAUUCCAUUAGAAACUAGCACUGCUCCUAGCAUUACUGAAGUUCCACUGGAAACUACCUCAAAUGCAGGACCAAAUUCAACUGGAACCACUGAAAUUCCAGUUGAAACUAGUACUGCUUCAAAUGUUACUGAAGUUCCAUUGGAAACUACAUCAUCGAUAGAGGUAACUCAUUCAACUGGUAACACUCAAAAUCCUACAGAAAUUACAACACCAUCUGAGAGUACUGACAUUCCAUUAGAAACGAGCACUGCUCCUAGCAUUACUGAAGUUCCCUUGGAAACUACGUCAAAUGAAGGACCAAAUUCCACUGAAAACACUGAAAUUCCAAUUGAAACUAGUGCUGCUUCAGAUAUUACUGAAGCUCCAUUGGAAACUACAUCAUCGAUAGAGGUAACUCAUUCAACUGGUAACACUCAAAAUCCUACAGAAAUUACAACUCCAUCUGAGAGUACUGACAUUCCAUUAGAAACGAGCACUGCUCCUAGCAUUACUGAAGUUCCCUUGGAAACUACCUCAAAUGCAGGACCAAAUGCCACUGGAACCACUGAAAUUCCAAUUGAAACUAGUACUGCUUCAAAUGUUACUGAAGUUCCAUUGGAAACUACAUCAUCGGUAGAGGUAACUCAUUUAACUGGUAACACUCAAAAUCCUAUAGAACCUACAACUACAUCUGAGAGUACUGAAAUUCCAUUAGAAACUAGCACUGCUCCUAGCAUUACUGAAGUUCCACUGGAAACUACCUCAAAUGCAGGACCAAAUUCAACUGGAACCACUGAAAUUCCAGUUGAAACUAGUACUGCUUCAGAUAUUACUGAAGUUCCAUUGGAAACUACAUCAUCGAUAGAGGUAACUCAUUCAACUGGUAACACUCAAAAUCCUAUAGCACCUACAACUACGUCUGAGAGUACCGAAAUUCCAUUAGAAACUAGCACUGCUCCUAGCAUUACUGAAGUUCCAUUGGAGACUACCUCAAAUGCAGGACCAAAUUCUACUGGAACCACUGAAAUUCCAUUUGAAGCUAGUACUGCUUCAGAUAUUACUGAAGCUCCAUUGGAAACUACAUCGUCGAUAGAGGUAACUCAUUCAACUGGUAACACUCAAAAUCCUAUAGAAUCUACAACUACAUCUGCGAGUACUGAAAUUCCAUUAGAAACUACCACUGCUCCUAGCAUUACUGAAGUUCCAUUGGAGACUACCUCAAAUGCAGGACCAAAUUCCACUGGAACCACUGAAAUUCCAAUUGAAACUAGUAUUGCUUCAAAUGUUACUGAAGUUCCAUUGGAAACUACAUCAUCGGUGGAGGUAACUCAUUCAACUGGUAACACUCAAAAUCCUAUAGAACCUACAACUACAUCUGAGAGUACUGAAAUUCCAUUAGAAACUAGCACUGCCCCUAGCAUUACUGAAGUUCCAUUGGAAACGACCUCAAAUGCAGGAUUAAAUUCAACAGAAAAUACUGAAAUUCCAGUUGAAACGAGUACUGCUUCAGAUAUUACUGAAGCUCCAUUCGAAACUACACCGUCGAUAGAGGUAACUCAUUCAACUGGUAACACACAAAAUCCUAUAGAGCCCGGAUCUCCAUCUGAGAGUACUGAAAUUCCAGUAGAAACCAGCACUACGCCUGGUAUUACUGAAGUUCCAAUUGAAACUACUUCAAAUGCAGGGCCGAAUUCUACUGGAAAUACUGAAAUUCCAGUUGAAACUAGUACUGCUUCAAUUUUCACUGAAGUUCCAUUGGAAACUACAUCUUCAAUACAGGCAACAGAUUCAACUGGUAACACCCAAAAUCCUAUAGAACCCACAACUCCAUCUGAAAGUACUGAAAGUCCAGUUGAAACCAGCAGUGCUCCUAGCAUUACUGAAGUUCCGAUUGAAACAACUGCAAAUGCAGGACAAAAUUCAACUGGAACCACUGAAAUCCAGGUUGAAACUAGUACUGCUUCAAAUGUUACUGAAAUCCCAAUAGAAACUACAUCUUCGAUAGAGGUAACUCAUUCAACUGGUAACACUCAAAAUCCUAUAGAACCUACAACUACAUCUGAGAGUACUGAAAUUCCAUUAGAAACUAGCACUGCUCCUAGCAUUACUGAAGUUCCACUGGAAACUACCUCAAAUGCAGGACCAAAUGCAACUGAAACCACUGAAAUUCCAGUUGAAACUAGUAUUGCUUCAAAUGUUACUGAAGUUCCAUUGGAAACUACAUCAUCGAUAGAGGUAACUCAUUCAACUGGUAACACUCAAAAUCCUACAGAACCUACAACUCUAUCUGAGACUACUGAAAUUCCAGUAGAAACUAGCACUGCUCCUAGCAUUACUGAAGCUCCAUUGGAAACUACCGCAAAUGCAGGACCAAAUUCCACUGAAACCACUGAAAUUCCAAUUGAAACUAGUACUGCUUCAAAUGUUACUGAAGUUCCAUUGGAAACUACAUCAUCGAUAGAGGUAACUCAUUCAACUGGUAACACUCAAAAUCCUAUAGAACCUACAACUACAUCUGAGAGUACUGAAAUUCCAGUAGAAACUAGCACUACUCCUAGCAUUACUGAAGUUCCAAUUGAAACUACUUCAAACGCAGGACCGAAUUCAACUGGUAAUACUGAAAUUCCAGUUGAAACUAGUACUGCUUCAAAUGUUACUGAAGUUCCUUUGGAAACUACAUCUACGAUAGAAACAACAGAUUCAACUGGUAACACUCAAAAUCCUAUAGAAACUACAACUCCAUCUGAGAGUACUGAAAUUCCGGUUCAAACUAGCACCGCUGCAAAUAUUACUGAAGUUCCAUUGGAAACUACCUCAAAUGCAGGACCAAAUUCAACUGGAACUACUGAAAUCCCAGUGGAAACUAGCACCGCUUCUGAUAUUACUGAAGUUCCGUUCGAAACUACAUCUUCCGGGGAAACUUCAUAUCCAAGUGUUAACACUCAAAGUCCAAUCGAAACCACAACUUUAUCAGCUCAAUCAACUAACGCUCCAGAUACUACAAUUUCUACCGAAAAAGAAACGAUUUUUACUUCGACUUCUGAACCACCAAAUUCUUCCAUGGUUACUGAUUUUCCAACAGAAACUACACCUAUUUAUGAAACUACUUUAUCUUAUGAACACACUAAUUUUACAGAAAGUUCCACUUCAACUACGUUGGUUUCAGAAUCAAAUCCAAGCGAAUUUACCACUCCUUCGAUAGAUUCUACAACGGAUCUUCCCGUAAAAACGACAUCAAUAAUAGAAGAAACUGUUCCAACGGAACAUGCAACAACGAUUGGUGAUUUUACGUCAUCAAUGGAAGUUAGUACAUCAAGUGAGGAUAUAAAUUUCAGUGAGGUUACUACAGCUAAUUCUUUGACAAAUGAUUCCAAAGAAACUGAUAGUUGGGAAGUUACUGAUGAUUCAUUUACAACUACUUCAUUUCAUUCCACAAUUGUUACUACUGAAAACAUAAACUUUAUUAAUAAUACUGAGAUAGUUGAAACCACCACUUCCAACGAAAUAAUUACAAAUGAAACAAAUUCUCCAACACCGGAAAUUACAACUACUCCUCCAGAAAAAAAAUUUAUUUGUACAUCCGCCGGGAAAUUUCCAGAUUUACACGAUUGCUCGUUAUUCCAUUUAUGUAUCAACGCAUUUAUUAAAUACAUUGACAUUCCUAUUAGAUGUCCUGACGGUACUCAAUUUAAUCCUGACACAAAACGUUGCACCAGAAGACCUGUUCGUUGCCCGAAUGAUCCUCCUAUUAUUUGCACAACUUCCGGCGUUUUUCCUCAUCCCACAGAUUGCACGCGAUAUUACAAAUGUUUUUGGACAUCGCUUUACAAACAAUUCUCUCAAAUUCAAUAUAAUUGCCCGUCAAACACCAAAUACAAUAAAUAUUUAAAACGUUGCGUUCAAUCUAACGAUUUAUCUUGUUCAAAUCAUGUUCAAAGUUCACCGUUUUAUUGCGUUGAAAGCGGUAGAUUUCCCGUUGAGUUUACUUGCGAUGAAUAUUAUGAGUGUAAAAUGAAAAAUGGGCUUUAUGAAAUUAAGUUGAAAACGUGUUCAUCUGGAAAAUUAUUUGAUGCACAGUGGCAACGGUGUAGAAAAUCUCAUUUGGUGGUUUGUUCUUAUGGAAUUUUUGAAGAUUACGAUUAUUAUGAUAAUUUUGGUGGAAGAUCUGAUUCAGAGGAGAAUUAAAAUGUAUUGUUUAAUAAAAGUGCAUGUUAAAUAAAAAUAUGUUUAAUAAAAAUCUAUAUUUAAUAAAAUUUCCAUUUAACAAUAAGGUGAUAUAAAGAGUAAAUAUUUAUUAUUAAAGUGCGUUGACGUAGAUUUUAUAUAAAUAAACGAUUUUAGUAUGA